AUGCACCCAUAUUUGAACCAUCUUGGGUCUGAUCUGUGCCGAGGCAUUCUGGAAUUUGCAGAGGGCCGUUCUCUUGGCAAAUCAGGCUUAAGCUGGCUGAAAAUACAUAUAGCAAAUCUAUAUGCUGGUGGUGUGGACAAGUUAUCCUACAAUGGGCGAAUAGAAUUUACCGAGAAACAUUUGGAUGACAUCUUUGAUUCUGCAGACAGGCCCCUUGAAGGAAGGCGCUGGUGGCUGGGUGCAGAGGAUCCUUUUCAAUGCUUGGCAGUAUGUAUUAAUCUUGCCGAAGCAUUGAGAAGCUCCUCUCCAGAAACUACCAUAUCCCAUAUGCCUAUCCAUCAGGAUGGUUCGUGUAAUGGCUUGCAACACUAUGCUGCCCUUGGAAGGGACAAGUUAGGAGCUGCUGCAGUCAAUCUUGUUGCAGGAGAGAAGCCUGCUGACGUUUAUUCGGGAAUUGCUGCUAGAGUUCUUGAUAUCAUGCAGAGAGAUGCAGCAAAAGAUCCGGCAACUGAUCGGGAUGCAGUGCUUGCCAGGCUGUUAGUCAACCAGGUGGAUAGGAAAUUGGUCAAGCAAACAGUCAUGACAUCAGUGUAUGGUGUCACUUAUAUUGGUGCCCGAGACCAAAUCAAGAGGAGGUUAAAGGAACGUUGUUCCAUUGAAGAUGAUGCAGAGUUGUUUGCUGCAUCUUGUUAUGCAGCAAAAACCACCUUGACUGCUUUAGGAGAGAUGUUUGAAGCUGCACGAAGUAUUAUGAGUUGGCUUGGUGACUGUGCAAAGAUUAUCGCUAUGGAGAAUCAGCCAGUACGUUGGACAACUCCUCUUGGGCUCCCUGUUGUUCAACCUUACCGUAAAUUAGGAAGACAUCUUAUUAAGACUUCUCUUCAGAUUUUAACACUACAACGAGAAACUAACAAGGUCAUGGUUAAGCGGCAGAGAACAGCUUUCCCUCCAAAUUUUGUUCACUCCCUUGAUGGUUCUCAUAUGAUGAUGACUGCCAUUGCCUGCAAAGAGGCGGGCUUGAAUUUUGCUGGAGUGCAUGAUUCAUAUUGGACACAUGCAUGUGAUGUUGACCAAAUGAACAGGAUCCUCAGAGAAAAGUUUGUUGCGCUCUACGAGGCACCAAUCCUGGAGAAUUUGCUGGAGAGUUUUCAGACGGCCUUCCCUACAUUAAAUUUCCCUCCUUUACCAGAGCGGGGAGACUUCGACUUAAGGGAGGUUUUGGAAUCUCCAUAUUUUUUCAAUUAG